UUUAACGUCUUACGGUGGCCGGUGUCGUAUAUUUUGCAGCAUCACCAUGGCGCUGAAAGAGACCGCUGGGCUGUAUGAGACACUUAAAGCGGAGUGGAACAAGAAAAAUCCAAACCUAAACAAAUGUGGAGACCUUCUGAGCAAGCUUAAGAUUUCAUUGUUGGAUCUGAACUUUUUACCUACCGGUGGAUCCUCUCUCACCAAGCAGCAGCUCAUUUUAGCUCGUGAUGUACUUGAAAUAGGAGCCUUAUGGAGCAUCCUCAAGAAGGACAUCCCAUCCUUUGAGCGAUACAUGGCCCAGCUAAAAUGUUACUACUUUGAUUACAAGGAAGAGCUGCCUGAAGCUGCUUACAUGCAUCAGUUACUUGGACUGAACCUGCUCUUCCUGCUUUCGCAGAAUCGCGUGUCUGAGUUUCACACAGAACUCGAAAGAUUGAGUGCUAGAGAUAUUCAGACCAACGUGUACAUCAGACACCCAGUGUCUCUAGAGCAGUACUUGAUGGAGGGAAGCUACAACAAAGUAUUCCUAGCCAAAGGCAACAUCCCUGCUGAGAGCUACACCUUUUUUAUAGAUAUUCUUCUGGACACAAUUCGCGACGAGAUUGCAGGUUGCAUAGAGAAGGCGUAUGAGCAGAUCCAGUUCAGUGAAGCUACCCGUGUGCUUUUCUUCAGUUCCCCCAAAAAGAUGACAGAUUAUGCCAAGAAGAGAGGAUGGAAUUUGAGUGCAGAUGGCUAUUACUCUUUCACCAAUCAGCAACAGCGGACAGAAGAGGUGAACAUCCCUUCUACUGAGCUGGCACAACAGGUCAUCGAAUACGCACGACAGCUGGAAAUGAUUGUGUAAUCCGCCCCCAGGAACACACUCAACCAUGUACAGAUGCACUCAGACAAACACGCCACUGGUCCAGUAUACAUCCAGUCAGCUCAAACACAGUUUCACUAAGGGAUAUGACUUCCUUUAUUGCCAGAGUGGUUUAUUUGUUUCCUAUGCCUCACAAAUCAACUGGCAUCCAUUAUUCCUGUUUUCCCAAAUCUACCUGGAAGUCUGACAGAUUGGUUUUUAUUUUAAUACAAAACCCCCCACUGAAAAUAUCACCUUUGGUCUAAUUAGCAGUUGCUAUAUAAAUAUCUAUAUUGCAGACAUGUGAGAGUCUGAGUGUUUAAAGCUGGUUCUUUUAUUCAAAAAACCAUCUGUCCAACGUUAAACUUUAAUUUUCUUUAGUCAUUCCCAGAUAUUUCUUUUAAACACUGGGUCUCUUCUUUUUCAACUGUAAGAAAAUUUAAAGUCAUCACCCUAAUUUUGGUAUUCAGUGUCAAACAACUCACCAUUUUUUUUUCCUGAACUUCAAAUUCUUUUUGUACCAAAGUUUUCUCUCCUGGGUAGAACAAAAAUAAAUGUAUUGCCCUUGCCUUGUAUCUAAAAUUGCCACUGAAGUUUGUGUUUGACUCUUCCUCACUAGACAUUUUGUAAACACAUUGAUCUACAAUAAAUGAUUCAUAAAACAAA